CUUCGCUUGUAUUAGGGAGGUCUACGUGCAGGGACUCAUGUUCACAGCACAGACUCCUGCGAUCCUUUCCAAUGAGCUUUUAUCCCACCCAUUCAUAAAGAGGGUGGUUCAAUUACACCCUAACCUGGAAGUGUUCAUUUCUAACACAACACAAAAACACUUGAAACUUUCUGAUAGCAUUUUUUAUGUGAAGGGGGAACGGCCCUUUGGUUAAAGAGGUAGGCAGCGAUAAAGGGUGGAGAGAGCGAGGUGAACAGAGGGAGGAGAAGCGUCCGAGCAGCUCUGCAUGCUUUACCGCUGGGAUUCUGCCACAUUUACCCCCAAACUCCGGUUAACAUGAAUCCCUCCUUUCUCUGCCUUCUUUCAUGGAUUUGCUUAUGUGCACUUUUCUUGGCCGUUAACUGUGAAAAGCAGCGUAUCCCUGAAGAAAAGCUUUUAGUUUUGACCGUAGCAACCAAAGAGACGGAUGGCUUCAGGCGUUUUCUGAGGUCGGCUAAACACUUUAACUACACUGUAAAGGUUCUUGGCCGGGGGGAGAAAUGGAAGGGAGGCGACUACAUGUCGGCUCCAGGAGGAGGUCAGAAGUUGCGUCUCCUGAAAGCUGCUCUGCUGGAGAUAAAGUCUAAGGAUCAGAUCGUUCUUUUUAUCGACAGCUAUGAUGUGGUUUUCGCCUCGGGUCCCAAAGAGCUCCUCAAGAAGUUCCAGCAAGCCAAACACAAGGUGGUGUUCUCUUCAGAGAGCCUGAUUUGGCCUGACAGACAUCUGGAGGACAAAUACCCCCACGUCAGGGAAGGGAACCGGUUUCUGGGCUCUGGAGGCUUCAUUGGCUACAUUCCCAGCAUCAAAGAAAUGAUUGCUAACUGGACCGGAGGUGACAGUGACAAUGACCAACUCUUCUUCACUAAGAUUUACAUAGAUCCAGCUAAAAGGAAAACCUUAAACAUCACUCUGGACAGUAAAUGCAGGUUGUUCCAGAACCUACAUGGAGCCCUUGAUGAGGUGGUGCUGAAGUUUGAAGACGGUCGUGUUCGAGCCAGAAACGUGCAGUAUGACACCCUGCCUGUUGUCGUCCAUGGGAACGGCCCAACAAAGCUCCAGAUGAACUACCUGAGUAACUACAUCCCCAACUCGUGGACGUUUGAGACUGGAUGCACCAUCUGCCAGGAGAACCUGAUCUCGCUCUCAUCCCUGAAGGAGAGUGAACUUCCUGUGGUGCUGAUCGGCAUCUUCAUUCAGCAACCUACUCCAUUUGUCACCGUUUUCUUUGAACGUCUUCUAAAGCUCCAGUACCCAAAGAGCCGCCUCAAACUCUUCAUUUCCAACCAGGAACCUCAUCAUGAGCAUCAGGUCAGCUCCUUCCUGCAGGAACAUGGAAGCCUUUAUCAGGACGUGAAAUCCAUCGGACCUGAAGAGGAGAUGGAUGGAGCAGAUGCCCGCGACUUGGGCUUUGAUAUGUGCCGAAAGGACAAGGAGUGUGAUUAUUUCUUUAACUUGGACAUUGAGGUGGUCUUAAAGAAUGAAAACACCCUGAAAAUCCUGAUUGAACAAAACCUACCAGUCGUGGCUCCGAUGAUAACUCGAACGGGACGAUUGUGGAGCAACUUCUGGGGGGCGCUCAGUGCAGAUGGUUAUUAUGCUCGAUCUGAGGACUAUGUGGACAUCGUUCAGGGACGGAGAGUGGGUUUGUGGAAUGUCCCAUAUGUUUCCAGUGUUUACUUGGUGAAGGCGAGCCUGCUGCAGUCAGAGCUGAAAGACUACAAACUGUUUACCUCACAAAGUUUAGACUCUGACAUGGCUUUCUGCCACAGCGUUCGCAGCAAGGGAGUCUUUAUGUACGUAACCAAUUUACACACAUUUGGCCGCAUCCUAUCGACAGAAAACUACAAGACAGAACAUCUUCAUAAUGAUCUGUGGCAGAUCUUUGAAAACCCACUGGACUGGCAGGAGCGCUACAUUCAUGAGAAUUACACCCGCAUGAUAAAAGAUAAUCUCAUUGAAAAUCCAUGUCCAGAUGUUUACUGGUUCCCAGUAUUCACAGAUCUUGCUUGUAACCAUCUUGUUGAAGAAAUGGAACACUUUGGCAAGUGGUCAGGAGGUGGCAAUGUGGACACCAGAAUCCAGGGAGGCUAUGAGAACGUCCCCACCAUCGAUAUCCACAUGAACCAAGUUAACUUUGAAAAAGAAUGGCAUAAGUUCCUAAUGGAGUAUGUUGCACCCAUAACAGAGAAAAUGUUCCCUGGGUACUACACAAAGGCUCAGUUUGACUUGGCCUUUGUAGUUAGAUAUAAGCCAGAUGAGCAGCCCUACCUGAGGCCACACCAUGAUGCCUCUACAUUCACUAUAAACAUUGCACUCAAUGAAGUUGGAACUGAUUACCAGGGUGGGGGAUGCCGCUUCCUCCGAUACCACUGCUCCAUCCAGGCGCCUCGGAAAGGCUGGGCCCUCAUGCAUCCGGGCCGCCUUACCCACUACCACGAAGGAUUGCCGACAACGGCAGGAGUCCGCUACAUCGCAGUCACCUUUGUGGAUCCCUAAACUUCAGGACCGCGAUUUCCAGACUAAAUGGGACACUGUGACAUCCAGAAAUAAUAUUUCUUUUUAAUGGAUUUUUUUUUUUUUUUAUCUACAUCUUCUUGGAAACAAUGGUAGCUACACAGUAACUGUAAACCUUACUUCACAAUAUCAUGAUGGAUAUCAUUUAACAUUAUUUCUAAGACAUCAGCUUACUGAUAACUUUUACAUGAUGGAAUCUUAAAGCAUUUCAAUAACUUUAACAAGUAAUUCUUUAUUUUGAUGUAAUUUUGUUGGCCUGUAAACAGAUUGUUACAUUCUUUUUAAAUGCACCGUAGAGAUAAAAGGGGCUUAUUGUGGGAAAUGGCAUCAUAUCCGAGCUAAGCAGGUUGUUCAGUAGCAAACCUAAAGCAGAGACUUUCCACAUGUAGAGUGAGAAUUUGGAUUUCCAGGAUCUUCUGCAUUGUUAAUUGGAACUCCUAAAAUAAAGUAACUUUUUUUUUUUUUUACUAAACCCGCUCUGGGACACCAGAACCAGUGAGGCUUCACUUCUAAUUCAAUUUUACUGAAACAAUCGUUAAGGCCCUACUGCUCUUUCCUCUCCUUGUCUGGUGUUUAUAUUCCCUUUACCAAUAACUGAUGCUACUUUCUGAAGUUGAUAUGCUGCUGCAUUCAUUCUUAGACCAACAAAGCUUGCAGCAGGAUCUGGAGCGUUGUUCUGCUCCUGUUUGGUCUGAAGUUUGUAGAUCAGAAUCUCUCAGGAGAAAGCCUUUCUUUAGAUGCAUUUAGUUUGAUCUUGUGCGUUCUGUUAAACUGCAGCUACUUGUGUCACCGGUGCCUUUUUCCUGUAUCCAAAGCCGCUUUCUUUAGAACUGAAACACUCCAAAGCUAGUUUAUUUAUUUUUGUAUGUUAGAACAGCUGGACUACCUUCUCUUCUCUAUGACUGCCUACUUAGAGACUUUGCUUUAUGAUCAGAGCACAGGUUUGGGUUCGUGUGAUCAUUGUUGGUCUCGGGGAAGAACUUUGUGAAAGUGGAACGUGUGUUUUCUGGAGGUUUUUGGACAAACCAAUAAAACAAGAAGCCAGCUGA